CACUUAAAUACCACGGAGAGAAAACCCCUUUCACUACAACAUUGUCUCACACAAACACACAUAUCCACUCAGAGACAGCAGCACAGCAUUACAUUUCAUUAAUUUCAGGAAAUUUCUCUUCAUGACUCGUGGGAUGCAAAAGCCAACAUGGAGCAGACAACCAUGGAGACCUAUCCAACGUUUCUAUCAGAUGACCCUCUUGCUCUCCCUUCUGUUCCCAACCACUAAGCCUGUUCCCUGGUUCAAUGACUUCAGCAACAGCCCUGGAGAGGACUGUCCGGGUUUCCAGAUGGAUAUAUGCGGUGUGUGUGCUGGAGAUGGGAGCUCAUGUGAGCUGUUCAGUGGGACACUCUUUCUUUCUGUCCUCUCUGUUGGCUACCACAAGAUCCUGGACAUCCCCAUUGGAGCUCAAAGAAUAAAACUACAGGAAACACAGAAGACAAGGAAUUAUUUAGCUCUCAGGACAGCAACUGGCAAAUCCGUGAUAAAUGGUGACUGGGUGAUUGACAGGCCAGGACAGGUCUACUCUGCGGGUACUGAAUUCACAUACAAACGGCCCAAUGAGAUCAGCAGCAGAACAGGGGAAUCCAUCACUGCCCCUGGUCCAACCAAUCAGGAGCUUCAUUUGUUUGUCUUAUAUCAACAGCCCAGUCCAACUGUGUAUUAUGAGUACAUUCUACCCAGAGACCCCACCAUCAUCGCACAUUCAGAUACAUAUUCUGACUCUAGUGUAUUUCCCCAUGUAGAAAGCCAUGGGCUGUUUGCUGGCCGUGAUAUUAGUAACACUAAAAACUCAAUGGGCGGCCUUCACCCUAACCAUGUUCCAUUGGACCCUAUGACCUCUGAGCCCCUUCCUCUGUACAGUUGGGUGGCCAUGACAAAAACUCCCUGCAGUGUUACAUGUGGAACAGGCAUUCGUCAGGUUCUGUUCAGCUGUAUAGAAAGGGCCACUCAAACUACCGUAUCAGGGGAUCUCUGCAGCCACACACACCAUCCCGGCCCCCAGGGAGAAGACUGUCAAUCGCUGCCUUGCCCAGCCUUCUGGGAUGUUGGCGAGUGGUCUGAGUGCAGUAAAACCUGUGGUCCAGGUUUCCAGUAUCGUCAGGUGAUUUGCAGGCAGACUCGGGGACACCAUGUCAAUAGCACAAUCACCGUGGCGACCAGCCUCUGUGAUAACACAGAGAUGCCAGAGACGACCACCAUGUGCCAGCUGAAGAUCUGCAGUGAGUGGCAGAUUCGCUCGGAGUGGACAGAGUGCUCAGUUCCAUGUGGAGUAGGUCAGCGCAGUAGAGAAGUUGUGUGUAUGGAUAACCUGGGUGAUGUUGUUACUGAUGAGGAAUGCAACAUGGCCCUUCGCCCACAGGAUCUGCAGAACUGUGACAAGGGAGUGUGUGCCAGCAGCUGGUUCUUCUCUCUCUGGAGUGACAGGGUGAGAAUCUGUAAUGUAUUGGUUUUUGGCAUUUUUAGAAGCACUUAUAAUGCAGCUUUUUGUGUCUCUCUGCAGUGCUCUGCAGACUGCGCAGAAGGUAGUCGCAGUAGGUCAGUAGUGUGUAUGAUGAGUCAGAACAACUCUCUGCCACUGGAUAACUGUAAUGAUAAGGAGAAACCAGACGAGCUCAUGCCGUGUGACCUGGGACCCUGCACAGACCAACUGGAAUGGUACACAGGACCAUGGGGACAGUGCUCAUCUGAAUGUGGCAAUGGAACUCAGAGUCGAGGCGUUGUGUGUAUUCUCCAAAGCAAUGGCCAGUUAGAAGUCAACUCAGAUGAUACAUGCUCUCAUCUGUCCCGCCCUGCAAAUACACAGACCUGCCAUUUGAAAAGCUGCGGUGCACAGUGGUACAUGACAGCUUGGAGCUCAUGUUCUCGAUCUUGUGAGGGAGGCUUUCGAGUGAGGGAGGUACGUUGCUUGCGAGAUGACCAGACCAUUAGCAAUGACUGUGACCUUGCCCAUGAGCCCGCAAGAAAAGAGGAGUGUAAUACACACACCUGCAUGCCACAUAUUGAUGAAUCCUGCAAGGACAUGUAUUAUAACUGUGUGGUGGUGGUCCAGGCCCGUUUGUGUGUGUACUCGUACUAUCGCACCACAUGUUGCGCAUCAUGCUCUCGGGUCAUUCAUAGAGACACGCUCAGUAGAAUCAGGUGAUCCAGUGGCAUAUGACAUUACUGCCUCCUUCUCCCUGAAUUGUGAUGUCCUCAUUGACAUCAUUCCCCACCUGUUUUCAGCUGGAUCUGACCCUGAGAUGUCAUCACUGCUCACCUCCUCUGUCAUUCAUUUAAAAAGACUCAAAAAGCAAAGAACACUUGUAUGCAUUCACUGCCCCUCCUUUAUUAAAUACAAAGUCAGAAUGCUCCAUGAGCAAUUUUAUAUUUAUUGCAAAUAAAAACUGAGCUUCUUUUAUUUUAUUUAUCAUGUUCAGUAUCUGUCUAAUAAUGUCUAAUAAUAA